AUUCUCAACAACGAAUCAGCAACACUUCAAAAACUCUUAUACCGCCUGUAUAAUAUCGCCCCCGCACUAAAAGCGCGCAUAUAGCCUAACCACCUCAGAAACGACGCUUCAGUUGCGUCGCGGCGCCUUCUUACGAAACAUCCGAUCACUGAUCACGUAACGUUACUUUAACCGCCAAAAACAACAUGUCGAAACGUGACAAGAACCUGGAGCAAGAAGUCCUCAACUGGAUCUUCCAAUGCCUAGGCGAACCGGUUCCCGCUGGAGAAUUUGAAGACAUCCUCAAGAAUGGAGUGGUUUUGUGCAACCUAAUGAACAAGCUGAAGCCAGGAUGUAUCAAAAAGAUCCAGCCUAAAGGAACCAACUUUCAGCUCAUGGAGAACAUUGAAAGGUUCCAGAAAGCUGCCAAAGAAUAUGGACUGCCUCAGGAGGAGAUUUUCCAGACUGCUGAUUUAUUCGAGAAACGAAAUAUCGCACAGGUAGCCCUCUCGCUGUUCUCGCUGGGACGUAUUACCCAAAAACACCCAGAAUGGAGCGGCCCCACUCUAGGACCCAAGAUGGCCGAAAAGAACGAGCGUCAAUUCACAGAGGACCAAUUGAGGGCUUCCGAAGGUGUAUUGAACCUCCAAAUGGGCUACAAUAAAGGUGCUAGCCAAUCAGGGCAUGGAGGCUUCGGCAACACACGCCACAUGUAAAAAAUAGCCAUAACGGGCAUGUGCAUUUGAUGUAAUGUUGAAUUUUGUUCUUUCUUCUAUUAAGAGUUUAAAAUACUUGGUGUUAUUGUUAUCUCAUUAUUAUUUUCAGCUGCUACAGGUUCGUUAGAUACUUUACAACAAGAACUUUAAAAGUGUCACCAUUCAAAAGUCAAGUACAUUCGCAAAGUAUGCCAAGUCCGUAUUAUGUAAAGAGUUAUUGCACUUUUAACCAUAUAAGCAUAUUUAUUUUUGUAAGUAAAUACUUAGCGUAUUUAAUGUUAGGCUUUUGUAAAGUAUUGUAUUUAAACUUGAAAUGUAUAGCGUAAAUAAUUUAUUAAAAAAAUUCGAAGGUAUUCGAUAGUUUUUUUAUGGUGUAAAUAUGACAUGUUUUUUUACACGAAAUAUUGAAUAGCUCCAAUAUUAUUACAGUUUUCAUGGAAAUUAAAUAUGUAUUGUAGUAGCGAAACAUUGAAAUAUUAUAUAAUCCAAUAAUUGCUUGUGAAAUUAGCUAAUUCAAUAGUAUAUUAAGCAAUUACUAAAAAUUAUUUGGAAAUAGUAUAGAAGACGAUAACUUACUAGGAUAAAAUCACAAUACAUUUUUAUGUGCUCCAAAAAAAAAGUGUGGCUGUUAGAUUGAACAGGAUAUAAUAGAAACCAAAGGUGAAAGGAAGCAUCUAAAAGCUGUAUGUCUAAGGUACUUUAAUUUCACAAACUGUGAAUUUCGAUCUUGUUUUACAUGUAAAACUGUUCAAAUGAAUUUAUCUAUUUCGCAACGGCUCAAUAUAUUUUGUGAUUUUGUUCUAAUUUGUACCGGUUCUAGUAAACUUAUUUUUACGAACAAUUUUUGGCAAUUCCUCCGCUAUUGACACGGCAUUUUAAACAUCACGUUUAUUUUAGGAAAAACAACAGCUGGCAACCAAAAUAGUCUAUUACACUUUCAUACAUAGCACCCACAACAAUGUUUGAUUCCACCUUUUUGUUUGAACUGCUUGUGAUUUCCGCUGAAUAUUAAAAAUAUUGCUCAAUUCUUUUGAGCUUGUGCCAAUAUACCGAUAUCGCAAUAAAUUGUUUCUUCAGUGCGUCCAACAAGUUGUCUAGUUAUUGCUUAAUAUCCUCUCAGAGCGCUCUCUACUAAGUAAUUUGGUUCUUUCAAAUAGAGCUGAUUAAAAAAGUUUCCUGAAUGAAGCUUUAAGGGCGCCCGCAGUAAUUUAUGAAAGCGUACCUGCUCCCAAAACUUUUUUAAGAGCAGCGGUUGCAAAAUUUUCAAGGGGGUGGGUCAAAUCCUUAUAAACCUCAAAAUUGUAUACAAAGUCCUGCUAAAUAUGAGAAUUUCUAAGGUCCAAUGGGAUUCCCCUCCUCUACCACCUACGGGCGCCCAUGUUUAAGAAUUAUCAAUCAAAAUGAUACAGCAAUAAUUUAGUGCUGCGAAAACUAAAGAUUGCCAACAUUAGUGUAGCUACGAGUAGCUAAACGAAUGAAGAAAAAUAAGGAAAUAUGAAUACUUGGAUAUAUCUGGACAAAUAGAAUAAGCUAUGCCAGAACUGCCUUCUCACCCUCAGAGUGUGAUUGGAUGUCAAUUGUUGUGGGCUCAGUUAUGAUAUUGCGAAAAAAAGAAGUUAUAAAUCAUAAAGUCAGCUCAAAAAAUGUCAGCAGCGGGUACAAUUUUUAAAUAGUUUUAAACAUCAA